AAUUGGUAGAGGUUUGUUCCGGGGGGGGAAGGAUUUCAGCGACGUACGACACUGAAAUUUCAGAAGUGGAAAGUGUCGCUAAAGCUAACGACGUACUUGUCACAUUAAGAAUGACCGAAACUGCGGAAACCCAGCAGAACUACGAGGAGAUGUUCGCACACAGGUUCUCCUCGGAGGAUCAGGAGUACCAGGAGUACUUAAACCGUCCUGCAGACCGCCCUCCCAUCGUGGAGGACUGGAGUAGUCGUGGGGGAGGAAACCAGAGAGGCAGAGAUAACCGGUACCAUGACCGUGGUCACAGAGGACGUGGAUGGGGAGGAGACCGCGGUUGGAGACGAGAUGAUCGUGGACAGCAACAUUGGCACGACAGAAACCGAGACAGAGAGCGAGACCGAGACAGAGACCGGCACUGGGGUCAUGGAAGUGGGUCUUAUUCAGGGCGGCCAAGCUCCAACCAGGGAUACGUCUCCCAUCAGAGACCACAUCAUGAUCGCUACUGAUCUCUUUUGUAAUCUCUCAGGUGUUACAAGUGUUUAAAGUAUUUGUAGUCUUUCAGCUCACAUUGUAGUACUAUAUGCAGGAGUGUGCAACUAAUAUUUCUUUCAGUGAUUCAAGAUGAGCAAUGUAUAAACAAAAAAAGUCUUUUGUGUUUAUCAUUUUAUUUUUGAUGCACUGAUUUUUACUCUCCAAAUUAAAAUUCCUGGCAGGUAAAUGGGACUGUGUGAAUCUGCUGGACUUCCACUUAGCCCCCCCCCCCCCUCGUCAUACCUAACCACAGUACUGUUUUCCCAUGUUAUUUCACACUGCUCAGCCCUGUUGUCAUAUUUGGAUGUCUUAACAGGAGAUAGAUUUGCAGUAUUCUGCAGUGGAGCUCACACUGACACUGAAAAUGACUGUUUCUCUCGGGUUUGUGGGCUGCCGUAUAAUUUCAUUAGCACAUUAUUGCUCUGAAAUUUCACAGGAGCAUUGUUUUGUUUAUUUUCUGCUACGGUUUUAUAUGCUUUGGUAUAAAAUUGUGUGGUACAGUGUUGUAACAAACACUAAACCAGAAUUUGCAGCGAAAACGUGUAAGCAACACAGCUUCAGUUUUCUGUGUCAGAAUGUUAUGCAAGGACAUGUAGACUUAAGAACUAAUCUGCUGUCAAUAAACUAAAUUUAAAAAACAAACAAGAGAUUUCUGGAGGGGGGGGUUGAGUUAUGUAGUUUGAUAUUUUUAUUUUUUUUUAAUAAAGAGUCUUGUUCCCAGCAGAAACAGUUGCUAAUAAUUUAUUGGAGAUAAUUUAUAGGGAUGUCUAAAAGUUCAAAAAUUGAUAAGAUCAGAUAUUGGCCUUUGGUCUGUUUGCAUUAAACAUAUUUCAUUUUUCUACCGUA